AUGGGCUAUCGAACACUAUCAUAUUUACCUCUAUGGUGCUUAGUUUACUAUCAUCACCGACCACAACCGCUACUCGGAAUCUUUAAAAGUCAGAAACCGACUUCAGCGAGAAUCGACCGCUGGAAACUAAGACUGAUGCGAUAUGAUUGCGAAGUUGUUUACAAACCAGGGAAAGAUGCAGAAAACCCUGCUGAUUUUCUCAGUCGUCACCCCAACCCUGUUGCUUCUUCGCCCACCGACAACACUACCGAAGCCUAUAUCAACUAUUUUCGCAUCAACCUCAUCCCCAAAGCUAUGAAACUGGACAAAGUGAAGAACGAAACUGCUAACGACCCCGUCCUUUUCAAGCUUUCUGAUGCAAUCACACACAACCGAUGGCUCGAUCCUGAAGUGAACCGGUCGUUAACGUAA